AUGUCGAAGCUAUGCAAAGUGAUCUUCCUCUACAUACGUCUUGCCUUCGACCUGGUGGUGGACGGCAUAUUCUCUCUAUUCUUCAACUGCAACAACGAGACAGUGCCGCCACUGGACCUGAAGAAGCAUGGCAUACUGACCGAGAGCGCCGUGACAUUGGCCAAGAAGAUCAGACAGAAGGAACUCAAGUCUGAGGACUUAGUUCGGGCUGUUAUUGAGAGGAUUAAAGAGGUGAAUCCUGUGAUAAACGCCAUCGCCGUGGACCGGUACGAGGCAGCCCUGACCGAGGCCAAGGAGGUUGAUGCCCUCAUUGAACAGGGAUUGUCAGACGAAGAGUUCAACAAGAAACCGUUCUUAGGUGUUCCAUUCACAACCAAGGAGAGUCAGGCAGUCAAGGGCAUGCCCUUCACACUAGGAUUGAUAUGCCGUCGCAAUGAAGUGGCUCCGGAAGACAGCGAGGCGGUGAAGAGGAUGAAAGAUGCUGGAGCCAUCGUUGUGGCUUCUACUAACCUACCUGAACUGCUCGUUUGGCAAGAGACCCGCAACCCUGUAUACGGCAUGACCAACAACCCUCACCACACUGGCAGGACUCCAGGUGGUUCCAGUGGAGCAGAGGCUGCACUCACUGCUUCCUGUGCUACUGUCGUCAGUUUGUGCUCCGAUCUCGGUGGGUCUACUCGUAUGCCAGCCUUCUACUGUGGGAUGUUUGGAUACCACCCCACUCCUGGAACCACGAAUCUCAGAGGUAUAGUAUUCAGGACGGGCGAGGACCAGGAGACCAUGUUAUCACUGGGCUUCAUAUCAAAGCACGUUGAUGAUCUGGGUCCACUCACCAAGAUCAUUGCUGGAGACAAGGCUCCACAGUUGAAACUAGACAGAGAUGUCGACUUUAAGGACAUCAAAUUCUACUACCUGGAGAGAAGCCAAGACAUGUUUUUGAGCAGCGUUAGAGCAGAUCUCAAAGGAGCUAUGAAGAGUGUACUAACUCGAAUCAGCCAAGAUUCGACCACAACGGAGAAUGCACCAGAACCUUACUACCACAGAGGCUUCAACCACAUGUACAGCAUCUGGAAGUAUUGGAUGACCAAGGAACCUGAACAUCUGCCCACCCUCUGCACCAAUAACAAGGGAGAGGCUAACGGACUUAUUGAAUUGUUGAAAAAGGCGGUGUGUAUGAGUCAGUACUGCCUGUUCACUAUCGUGCGUCUGAUUGAGGAGCAGUACUUGCCGAAGGUGGAACCUGAAUGGGCAGAGAAGAUCUCCAAAGAGUUGAAAGAAGAUUUAUUCAGCAAGUUAGGCGACAACGGCGUCCUCUUAAUGCCGAGCGCCCCGCAGCCAGCCCCCUACCACUACUCUUGCUUCCUGCGUCCCUAUAACUUCGCGUACUGGGCCAUCGUAAACGCUCUCAAAUGUCCUGCUACACAGGUACCUCUCGGUGUGAACGCCCAAGGUCUUCCCCUGGGUAUCCAAGUGGUGGCGGCUCCAUACAACGAUGCCCUCUGCCUGGCCGCCGCCAAGUACCUCAGCAAGGAGUUCGGAGGUUCCAUCAAAGCCUGCAAAUAUAAAUCAUAG